CAGUCAGGCGGCCACACCCAAAUGAACGGGAACCGAGCGCGCCACGUAAGUGAGGCGGAAUGGGGAGGGGCGGAGUGGACAAACCUGUCGGGGCCAAAGCUCGCGAGACCUGCCCGACACUUUAAAAGAGCGCGGCGGCCGAGUGCCAGGACAGCAGAAGGAGCGAAAGAUCGCCGUCCCACCAUCACCAUGUCCAGCUCCAUGUCUGCCAGCUCCGACCUCAGUAAGUCCGUACGGGACAAGUACAUGUGCCUCCCGCAGGGGGACAAGGUGCAGGUCACCUACAUUUGGAUCGAUGGCACCGGAGAAGGCCUGCGCUGCAAGACAAGGACCCUGGACUCGGAGCCCAAGGGCAUCAAAGAUGUUCCCGAGUGGAAUUUCGAUGGCUCGAGCACCUACCAGGCGGAGGGCUCCAACAGCGACAUGUACCUGAUACCCGUGUGCCUGUUCAGGGACCCCUUCACGCUGGACCCCAACAAGCUGGUGCUGUGCGAGGUGCUCAAGUACAACCGCAAGUCAGCAGAGACCAACCUGCGCAGCAGCUGCUGUCAGGUGAUGGAGCAGGCUGGGCACAGCCACCCUUGGUUUGGCAUGGAGCAGGAAUACUCACUGCUGGGCAUCGAUAAGCACCCCUUUGGUUGGCCCAAGAAUGGCUACCCUGGACCCCAAGGUCCAUAUUACUGUGGUGUGGGCGCUGACAAAGUCUACGGCCGAGACAUCGUCGAGUGCCACUACAAGGCCUGUCUGUAUGCUGGGGUGAAGAUCGCUGGCACCAAUGCGGAGGUCAUGCCCUCUCAGUGGGAGUUCCAGGUGGGGCCCUGCGAGGGCAUUGCCAUGGGCGAUCACCUGUGGAUGGCACGCUUCCUGCUGCACCGUGUCUGUGAAGACUUCGGGGUGGUGGCCACGCUUGACCCCAAGCCAAUGACGGGUAACUGGAAUGGAGCAGGGUGUCACACCAAUUUCAGCACGGAGGCCAUGCGUAACCAGGGGGGACUUCAGCAUAUCGAGGAGGCCAUCGAGAAGCUGGGCAAGCGACACUCUUAUCACAUCCGCAUGUAUGACCCUAAAGGGGGCGCCGACAACUCCCGCCGCCUGACUGGUUCCCACGAGACUUCCAGCAUCCACGAGUUCUCUGCUGGUGUCGCCAACCGUAGUGCCAGCAUCCGCAUCCCCCGCCAGGUCGGCCAAGAUGGCUGUGGCUACUUUGAGGACCGCCGCCCUGCUGCUAACUGUGACCCAUACGCCGUGACGGAGGCCAUCACCCGCACGUGUGUGCUGAACGAGACGGAGCCUUUGCCCGUGCCCUCGGGUGAGGUGCCCUAAGGAUGACGAGGCACUUCUCGCUUUUUGCCUCAUUUUAUGUGACCACUGUAAUGAAACUCAAUAAAUAAAUAAAACCUUUGAUAUAAAAAUG